AUGCGCGACUACAGUGUGCGUCAGAUCAUCGGCGAUGGGCAGUUUACACGGUUGCGGGAUAUGAAGGUGCUGUUAGUGGGCGCAGGCGGUAUCGGGUGCGAGCUGCUCAAGAAUCUGGUGCAGAUGGGGUUUGGGGAAGUGCACGUGGUGGACCUGGAUACCAUUGAAAUAUCGAACCUGAAUCGGCAGUUUCUGUUCCGACAGCGAGAUGUGAAGCGGGCGAAGGCUGCGACGGCGGUGGCCGCAGUCGGGUACUUCAGCUCGGGACGUCUGGUGGCGCACCAGGGCAACAUCACGGACGCGACGGUGUUCCCGCUGGCAUGGUUCCGGGGGUUUGCGGCGGUGUUCAACGCACUGGACAACGUCGCGGCCAGACGGCAUGUGAACCGGAUGGCGCAGUUUGCGAGCAUUCCGCUGCUGGAGUCCGGGACGGCGGGAUUCGAUGGGCAGGUGCAGCCCAUCGUUCCUGGGAAAACGGAGUGCUUCGACUGCACGGCGAAGGAGACGCCGCGGACGUACCCGGUGUGCACGAUCCGGUCCACGCCGUCGCAGCCGGUGCAUUGUGUGAUAUGGGCAAAGAACUUUCUGUUUCAGCAGCUGUUUGGGGAGCCGGCUGAACCGCCCGCUACGGAAGACCUGGGGACAGACGACCCCGCCGAGAUUGCGCGGAUCAGACAGGAGAGCGGCGAGCUUGCGCAGCUGCAGGAGUGGGCGCGGACAGGAGACACAGCGCGCGUGCGGGCAGUGAUUGAGAAGCUAUUCGUGGUAGACAUCCAGAAGCUUGCGGCGAUAGAAAGUCUGUGGCACACUCGUCCUCAGCCUGAGGCGCUUGAGGGGUUUGAGCUUGGUGUUCCCUCCAACGCGGCAGACGCGAGCGCCCUGUGGGGGAUCCAGGAGCACCUGAACCGUUUUGCCGCGUCGCUGCGCCGCCUCAUGGAACGCAUGCCGAGGGAGGGCAGUAUUGAGUUCGACAAGGACGAUGCCGAUGCAUUGGAGUUUGUCGCAACUGCUGCGAAUAUUCGGGCACAUAUUUUCCACAUUAAGAUGCUGUCUGUGUUUGACAUCAAGCAAAUCGCAGGAAAUAUUAUCCCCGCGAUUGUGACAACGAACGCAAUCAUCGCGGGCCUGAGCGCCCUGGUUUCACUACGUGUGCUCAAUCUCUUGCGUGUGAUGCCGAAUGACCCGCUGAACCUGCCAAUGGCUUUCACGUCAAUGGCCUCUAAAAUCUCUUCGAACAGAUACCUUGCUGCUCCGCGGCUAUCGCCGCCGAACCCCAACUGCUCUGUCUGUGCGCAUUACCAGCGUUGUGCGCUGACAGUGGGCGCAGUACGUUGCAAGACGCUUACCCUGGGUGAGCUUAUCGAGGCAGUUCAAGAGAAAUAUGGCUUUUCUAACGAGGUUUCCGUUGUCGAUACGUCUACCAAUCGUCUAUUGGCAGACUUUGACUUUGAUGACCUAAAUGGCAACACGUUGGAGAAACUAGAAUUGCGCACCGGUAGUAUCCUGACGGUUUCGGAUGACGUCCCAAGCGAAGAGGAUAACACGGUGCGGAAGCCAAUAGAAUUUUAUCUGGAACUCAGUGAUAGCGCAACGGGUUUUGAGCUUAUAGAACUGCCACACAUACGGGUUAUUGACAAGGAAACUGCAUCGAACUCUGACUCUGUAGAAGCCGAUGGGAAGACUGCAGAGGUAGACCUAGAUUUGGUCGAUGCCUCAGGGGCCAUAGUUAUCCAAGAUGAAGAAGACAGCCAGCCAGACGCGGCUAAACGCAAGCACAGUCGCGAUAGUGAGAGCGACGACUCUACAUCUAAGCGCGCAAGGUUGGAUGCUGAUUCUGCUGAGAUCCUGAUACUUGAUUAA